UUCCUCUCUGAAAUCAAUAAAAACAUAUUUUAAAAAUGUUGGAGAUAAGAGAGAACCUGGACCAUUCCUGGAAUAAUGUUGAGUUCUGCCGCACCCUAACAGAAGCACAUUGCCUGUCUUGGCAGGAUGAGCCUGAUCCAGCAAUAAGCCUCAUUUUACAGACAAGGACGUCAAGUGUCAGGGAGGUUGAGCUGCCCGGCCAAGGGAGCAGUCCGGCUGGUACCCAGUGUGACCAAAGUGUUGAACCGGGCUGACGAGACGAGGCUGCAGACGUUCACAAGACAGGUUUUCCGCACAGAUGAUGUGGCCUUGAGUGGCCUUGGGAAGUGUCUCACUCUGGUCUCCCCUCUGGGGAGUGUGCAAAGCCCGUCAGGGAGGAAUGGCUGCAGGAGCCUGGGCCUGAGACCCAUGGUGCAAAAGUGAGGGGUUUGCCAAAUGGGAGGAAUGACCUUCUGCUUUUUUCCCAGAAUGGAACAGCAGAGGGGGCUCCUGUUAUUCCUUCUGGGCUUACAGCUGCUGCUGAUGGGGGCAUUACUCUGCCCAGACCACCACCGCCAUGGCUUCACCUCCUCCCUGCGCUUCCUCACACAAGACAAGCCGGAGGGGGGAGAAGAGCUGCCCUUUGUGGUCCGGGAAUCCUCUCCAGGAAUCCCUCGCCAGGAUGUGUACUCAAACAUCAGCCAGAUCCACCGUGUGGACAUCAGAAGGGAGGAUUUGCCCAGCUGCCCCAUUGUCUCACCCUACAUCAGUGGCCCCUUGAAGGUGAUGAUCCCAGAGAACUUGACAAUGGAGCAGGUGGUGGAAAAGAACCCACUGGUGGAGCUGGGAGGCCAAUACCAGCCACCCAACUGCUGGACACGGCACCACACAGCAAUAGUGGUACCUUACUAUGGGCAAGCCCAGCACCUGCAGCACCUGCUCUUCCACCUGCACCCCUUCCUGCAGCGCCAGCAACUGCAUUAUGCCAUCUAUGUGGUGAAUCAGGUUAACAACACCGCCUUCAACCGGGGCAAGCUUCGCAAUGUGGGGUUCUGGGAGGCCAUGCAAGAAGAUGGCUGGGACUGCGUCUUCUUCCACGAUGUGAACCUACUGCCAGAGGACAACCGCAACCUCUACAUCUGUGACAUCUUCCCUGCCCACGUGUCCGUGGCCAUCGACAAGUUCAACUACAAGCUGCCCUACCAAGGCUACCUUGGAGGGGUGUUUGCCCUGCGUCCAGUUCACUACCGCAAGAUAAAUGGCUUUCCCAACACGUACUGGGACUGGGAUCGUGAGGACAAUGACAUCGCUGCCAGGCUGGAACUAAACGGGAUGCUCCUCUCACGACCCCAUCUGCUCUAUGGCCGCUACCACAUGCUGGAGGAGGGGCUGGACCCCAGCCAUGAGCAGAGUCCCAAGAGCCCUGGCUUCCUGGCCGAGAUCCAAAGCAGGUGGCAACAAGAUGGCGCGAACUCACUGGGCUACACGCUGCUCUCCAAGGAGCUGCAGCCUCUUUACACCAACCUCACUGUGGACAUCACCGUCCCAGCUCCAGGAGCCCCAGUGCCAAGCUGAGGGUUAUCUGGAGGCUGGAACAGAAUCCCUAAGAUGGGCUGCAGGGAAGCCCUCUGACCUGCCUCACCUGGUUUCUUAUUAAAGGAGAGGUUAUUUUACUUGAUUCUUCUCUCUGACAUCCCUAAUCCUCCAUCCAUCCAUCCAUCCAUGCAUUGUCCCACUCUGAUUCACCAAGCGCUGGUUCUCCCCACACAGUUCCAAGUGCUUCACACACACACACACACACACACACACACACUUCUCAUGCAAACUCAUGGGGUAAGCACUAUUAUAAUCUUCCUCUUGAAAACCAGGACAGAUGAAUUAAAUGACUUGCCCAGUUGAUGUAGAAUUAAAUACAGGAACCUGGAUCCUGGGCCUGUCCACUUAAAGAUGAUGCUAUUCUGCUUUUUGUAGUGAACUGAAAAAAAUGGGGGGGGGGGAGAAUGAAUAAAAAAUGUGAGGAUGGUUGGAUAAAUUAUAGCAUGUCCACAUGAUAGACUACCAUGCAGAUAUUGGAUAGCUGUGUUGUGUGAAAAGAACAAGUACACAUGUGUAUGGUAUGAUUUGGUAUUUAUAAAACAGGAAAGAGUUCCUACGUAGAUGUGUGAUUAUGAGCAUACUAAUGAGUGUAUGUGGAUAACAAAUGUUGGCAAACUUCUGUAAAGGGCCAGAGAGUAUAUGUUUUUGGCUUGUAGAUAACAUGGUCAUUAACACAAUUAACUCUGCCACUGGAGCACAAAAGCAGCCCCAGACAAUAAACAAGUGAAUAUGAAUGUGUUCCAAUAAAACUUUAUUUUAAAAAACAGAUGGCAAAGCAGAUUUAGCUGAUGGCCAGUUUGCUGACUCCUGGUGUGUAUGUUUAGGAGCCUGUAUAAACAUAUGAAAGAGUCCAUAACCAGUCCAUACACUGGUUAUCUAUGAGAGGCUCAUCACUUCUUUCUGAACCUGGUGAUAUUUAAAUCACUGUUCAAGAUAUUCAAUAUAAAAUAUCAGAAUUGUGUGGAAAAACUUAUCUGUAACUCUCCAAUGCAGCUUAACAAUGUUGCUUUAAAAAAAAGUCCAAUUGAUUUCCAAAUCUAAGCAUAUAUUUAUGUCUACUAUCCCCAUUUUUUCCUGCUCCUUUGUUUAAUUUAAAGUUGCUUCAUGGACCAGUUACAACUGCUAAGCCCAUAAAAUUGCCUUCUAACGUCACUGUACUUCUAAGGUGACACCACUUUUUCUGACCUUCAAAAGCAGUCAUUCCCUAUGCCCCCUAUUUUGAUACUUAUAUUUUGAAUAGCUUUCCAUUAAAUAGACAUGAGGACUUCUGUGAGGAUCAAAUGAGAUGAGGCACGUGAAAACGCUUCACAAACGUUUGGUUAAAUUGUAAAAUGUGUGUACCUGGCUAUAAAGCAA